AUGCAGAGCUUCUCAGGCCCAAGUCCUUACGACAUCCACCUUGCCACUUCGGAAGAGCUUGUGUCUGGUCUCGGCCAAGGACGCUAUACCAGCGUCGACCUCGUCAACGCCUACAUUGGUAGGACGCGAGAAGUGAAUGGAGCUCUUCGUGCCGUCAUGGAGUUGAACCCGGAUGCCAAGUCUAUCGCUGCAGAACUUGAUUCGGAGAGGGCGCGAGGUCAACUGCGAGGGCCUUUACAUGGUCUUCCGGUUCUGGUCAAGGGAAACAUGGGCACGCGAGAUCGGAUGCAGACCAACGCUGGCUCUUACGCACUGCACGAUUCCGUCGUCCCGGCCGACUCGACCGUCGCCCGCAAGCUCCGAGAACACGGCCUGGUCAUCCUGGGCAAGGCAAGCCUGACGGAGUGGUCCAUGUUUCGCUCCGACAAUUCGUCUCAUGCUUGGAACGCCGUCUUGGGUCAUACAUACGGUGCCUACUGUCCCAAGCAGUGUCCGGGGGGGAGCUCCGGCGGAGGCGCGGUGGCGGCGGAUCUCGGCCUCGCUUGGGCGACACUCGGGACCGAGACGUCGGGAAGCAUCGUGAGCCCGUGCGAGAGAAACAAUGUUGUCGGCAUCAAGCCAACCGUGGGACUGACGUCCCGAUACUUGGUCGUUCCAGUCAGCGAGCAUCAGGACUCUGUUGGCCCGAUGACUCGGACCGUCAAGGAUGCCGCCAAGUUGUUGCAAGUCAUUGCCGGAGCGGACCCCCGGGACAGCUAUACUUUGGCAUCGCCAUUCAAGGGGCCACCUCCCGACUAUCCGGCGGCUUGCAGGGCAUCCGGCCUCCGAGGGAAGCGCAUCGGCAUCGCUCGCAAUGUCUUGGAAGAAUCGCACCACGAGGUUUGGCACGUGCUAGAGACGUUUGAAAACGCCGUGUCCAUCAUGGCCAAGGUAGGGGCAACGAUUGUCGAUAACGCCGACUUUACAGCGUAUAGCCGGUGGAAGAAGCUCAAGCAUAAUCCAGUCACCCGAGCAGACUUUGCGACCAACAUAUCGCAAUACCUAAGCAGGCUGGAGAAGAACCCACACAAUAUUCACAACAUCCAUGACCUUUGCGCCUUCACCCGCAGCCACCCCAAAGAGGAGUUUCCGCGCCGCAACACGGCCAACUGGGACACGGCCAUCGAGGCCAAGAUGAGCAACACUUGCCCGCUCUUCGACGCCAUCUACCAGGAGAACCUCUUUCUCGGCGGGGAAGGUGGCAUCAUCGGUGCCCUGGAGCGGCACGGCCUGGACGCUGUCAUCCUGCCAUCGGCGGUGGCGUAUUCCAUCCCCGCCCUCGUCGGGACGCCCAUUGUCACCGUCCCCCUGGGUGCGGCUUCGGACCUUGUUCCGUUCGAAACUGAGGCGGGAUGGGAUGCGGUUGAGAAGGGACCGGGAAUCCCCUUUGGCAUCAGCUUUCUCGGGCGCAGGUGGAGCGAGGAGACACUGAUAGAGAUGGCCUUCGCUUUCGAGCAGCAGACCUUGGUCCGGGAUUCCGUCAACAGGCAUGUCACGCCUCGUGUAGACUUGGCUGACUAUAUAGAUGAACCUUGA